GCCGCGCCGUUUACGUUGAGAUGAGGUUCGUGUGUGUUUGUAGCGUAGACUCAAUGAGAAGAACGUAGAACUGACACGGUUUACAACUGUUGUGUGUUUUUACUGUCACUACGAAUUGUUUCCGUGUUAUUUCAAGAAUGAACAAAGACGAGUUUACAGCAGGACGGGGGAGGAAAACAGCGGCUCCUGAUAAAGUCGACAUGUCAUUAGAUGACAUCAUUCGGUUGAACAAGAAAGAGCAGCAGGUCAAAAGAAGACAGGCCACUGUUAACCGCCGACCAGUGAAGAAGAAAGGCCAUUUAAAUCAAGGAAAAGGGAUUCCAACCAGGACUGCUGGUCCAGUCCAGAGAGGAGGUGGCGUGCCCCGUGGAGGGGGACCUAAAUUAAGAAACAGGAGGGUCCCUUCACUGCCGAGUCGACGACGAGGUCAGGGGGUUAUCACAGGACUGGCAGCCAGGAGGCCAACAGCACUGCUCAAGAGAGUUGGUACAAUCAACAGAGCGCCAGUUAACCAGAAAACAAGACAGAAAACAAAGCCCUUCAUUCAACGCCCUGAAGCUCCGUACAGGAAGCCAGAGGUACAGAGGAGGCCGUACAGGCAGCCCGAUCCCCAGAGAGGCCAGAAUGUAACGUCGGUCAGGAGGCCGUUUCAGCUGCAGAGACGACCACUGCCAACAGUCCAGCAGACUCAGAGAGACGCUCGCCAGGCCACGUUUCUUUUUCGCAGAGGACUGAAGGUACAGGCUCAGGUGCAAAAGCCAAAUUCUCGUUCUCCUCCAGUGAGAACUCGACAGUGGCGCACAUCAACAACCAACAGUGGAAUCUUGACUGUUUCGAUUGACAACCCCACAGCACUGACUCAGCCUGAGCCCCCCUCUGCUUGGACGCUACACCCCCCUGCUCCGAGCCCUGCUCCAGUUAAAGUGGAAACAGCGGAGAAGAAAAUACCCAAAGGAGUACCCCUACAAUUUGACAUCAACAGUGUUGGAAAACCACAAACAUCGAUGACCUUGAAUGAGCGAUUCCGCAUCCUUAAGGAUCAGCGCACCGCCACAGCACACAGCAGUAAAGGCAGCAGGUUUGUUACGGUGGGUUAGCGAACGAGAAGAUGACGAUGAUGACAUGUAAACACUUGGCAGCUCUGCAGCUGUUUGUCCUGCUCAGCCACACAAUGAACUUUACCUUUGUGACGGACAGGAUGUGUGACCCACUGACUGACUUUACUACAAGGAAGGAGAGCAACAGAGGGAUGAAUGAAUUCAACCUGCACAGAUGUGAGACCUGAGGUGUCCAUAGAACAUGUAGUUAAAAAUAAGUCGCCGUUCAUUGUCCAUAUCAUUGUACCCAGCUGUUUGUAUUGUGAACGAUCCAGACUGGGAAGGAAAGAGCUUUUUUUCUCUUCUGGACUCUGAGCUGUUGAUAGAACUAUAAAGGCCACUCAGAAGUAUUUGUUUUUAAGAGAAGACCGCUACGGAUUUACUUGAGUAUGUGAAGAAUACCUUUUUUGAUAUUUUUGAGAAUUUUUUUUGUAAAGUUUGUUUCAAUAAAUGAAUUUCUCUUGAAA